AUGCCAGACUGGAACUCGCCCGCUGAGCUCGCGCUCGAAGCAUCUGCCUUCGCAAAACUCAUGCACGCCCUCGCCGGCCUGUACUUCUGGGAGGUUGCGACAUCGUUCAGCUUUGAUUGGCAAUUCAUUACAGGGAAGAAGAAAUUUCAUUGGCCCUUAAUCUUCUACUUUUUGGGUCGGUACCUUCUCGUGUUCGCCAUGAUCGGAAUUCUUACAGCACUUGAUGUCACAAUUGAGGUCAAUUGCCAGGCGCUAUAUACCUUCAACCAACUCGUCGGACAAGCGACCAUCGGCCUUGCGAGUAUCAACCUUGCUAUACGGACAAUGAUACUGUGGGCACAGAACCUGUACAUCGUCGUUCCGCUCGUCUUGGUCAUCCUUGGCCAUUGGUCGCUCAUUCUCCAAGGCAAGCCAGCCCCCACAUGUGUGCUGCUGAAGGCAGAAUGGGUACCAGGCCAGGGCUGUGUGAUUACAAAGACGAAUAACACCAUACUCGCGGCGACAUUCAUCUACACUAUGUGCUUCGACCUUAUCGUGCUCGUUCUCACCGCCGCCAAGCUUGCGUUCCCCCGUGACCAGCGCUCGCAGCUGAUGAAUAUGCUAUUCAGGGACGGACUUAUCUAUUUCGUCAUUGCUUUCCUUUCGAACUUACUGGCGACGACGUUCAUGGAACUUAACCUGAGUGCGGUCAUGAGCAUCAUAUUCAAUGUUCCUUCUGCGAUCGCGUCAACGAUUGUAGCAUGCCGAGCAGUUCGGCGCUUGAGCGGAUGGUCGAGCCCAGGGCCCGAAAUAUUGUACGUUUGCCUCUGGCUCUCUCCCCUUCGACAGCGCUAA